AUGCGUGCCCUCGCGCUUUUCACGGGUCUGCUCUCCCAGCUACAGAGGCGAGACACAUACGACGAUGGCCAGUACACCCAAGUCAUCCAGACCACGAGCUGGAGCUACUCCACGUCCUACUGGACCUCGUAUCGCUCGACCGAGAUCAUCACAAUAACAUCGUACAUCCCCUGCCCCGUCCUCACCAGCUACACCACCGUCUACAAAUGCUCGAGUUGCGGGGCGUGCGACAGUUGCGGCCAGACGGCGCAGACCACGUGCUCGCCGAAGCUGUGCUCGACGUAUAUCUACGACGUUGUCGAGGCCACCACCACGCCCUACAGUUCGGGCGAGUACGCCAUCGCCUACGUGACGAGCUACGCCGGGGCGCAGGCCUUGACGACGAGCAUCCCCGCGUCGUGGUGCACCGCCUACGAGCAGAUCGACUUUACAGGUAUUGAUUGCCAGACUCUGCCUGCCUGCGGCGGCGGGACCACGAGUGGGCUCACAUGCGAAGCGAAGCCGUGCACGUCGUGCAUCGAUGAGGACGGGGACGGCGAAUACGAGACCCUCACCGAGGGCACGCAGUACUUCUACACCGAGUUCGCCCGGCUCACCGUCAACGGGCAGGUCACAUCCACGCCCGCCAGCCUGUGCGAGCUGCUGACCAUCCCGACGCCGUGGUACGUCCAGCCCACGCUCGCCUGUGGCUCUGACGACGAUGACAGCGGCGCUGCUGACAACGGCAACAACAAUAACAACCAAGGCGGCCAAGUCAUCACAUACACCUACACGACCAACGGCGCCACCGUCGUCGUCGCCACCAGCCUGCCCUCGCACGGCGGCCCGUUCCAUCUCACCGGCAGUGGCAGUGGAGCCCGAGUCGGCGGCGAGCUUGGGAGGAACGUGCUCUUCUGGGCGUGGGUUGUUGGGGCGCUCGUCGCCGGCGGGGGGAUGAUUGUUCUUUAG